GCUUUUGUAUUGAAAGGCAAUGCGGAAACGCACUUUUAGCCUUACACUACUUUGACUAUCACGCUUGUCGCGACCUGUUGACAGCUCUAGUCGCAGCAGCUGCCUCCAAAAGGCUGAAAUUCGGCAUUUUCCCCUCCCCUCGGACGACGCAGAAAAGAAAACGAUGCUUUCCUACAUCAUCGGGGUCAUCCGGAGCGGCAUUGACAGCUUCGUCAACCUCCUCUUCCGGCUCCUAUUCCCCCGGAGGAGACCCGCCAUCACCCUGCAGGACCCCAGCGUAAAGUAUGCAUUGCGGCUCAUUGAUAAGCAGAUCGUGAGUCACGACACUCGCAAAUUCCGCUUCGCCCUGCCGUCCGGUGAACACGUCCUGGGUCUCCCCGUGGGUCAGCACAUUUACCUGUCGGCCAAAAUCGACGGCAAGCUGGUGGUGCGCCCUUACACGCCGACGUCUAGCGACGACGACAAAGGCUACGUGGACCUGGUCAUUAAGGUUUACUUCAAAAACGUCCACCCCAAAUUCCCGGAAGGCGGCAAAAUGAGUCAGUACUUGGAGAGCCUUGGCAUCGACGACACUAUCGAUUUCAGAGGACCUAGCGGACUUCUCGUCUACAAGGGCAAAGGCGUUUUUGCCAUUCAGGAUGACAAAAAGUCCCCGGCCGUGACCAAGACGGCCAAGCACGUGGGCAUGAUCGCAGGCGGGACGGGAAUUACACCGAUGCUGCAGCUCAUCACGGCCGUCAUGAAGGACCCGCAGGAUCAGACAGUUUGCCACCUGCUCUUUGCCAACCAGACGGAAAAGGACAUCCUGCUGAGGCCCGAGCUGGAGGAGAUUCAAGUCAACCACCCCGAGCGCUUCAAGCUGUGGUUCACCGUCGACAGGGCGCCCGCCAACUGGGACUACAGCGAAGGCUUCAUCAACGAAACCAUGGUGCGCGAGCACCUGCCUCCGCCUUCCGCCGACACGCUGGUGCUGAUGUGCGGCCCGCCGCCCAUGAUCCAGUUCGCGUGCAACCCCAACCUGGACAAGGUCGGCCACGCCGCCGAGCGCAGGUUCGCCUUCUAGGAACUCUCCGGGUCGUAUUUAUGUCACUCUGCGUAGCUUUGGCCCUCACAUAGACGGUGCCUUUUUGUAUCAUGCAGGCUGAUUUGACGUGUAAUGAUGCAAUUAUGUCAUUCCCUCCCUCUUUUUGGCACUUGGAUUUUCUAUUCCAAAGUAAGUCAACCAUGUGUGUUGACAAAUCGCGCAUGUCGGCACUUUAUGGAGGCGCCAGAAAGUUGAGAAAUGAUGCAACGGGUUUUGUGGCUCAAGAAAAUGAAUUGCUGAAAUGUAUGCAUUGCUUUUGUUACAAGAAAUCUCCCAAAAACA